CGGCUCAGCGCCGCGUUCGCGAAACUGGCCGCGCUGGACAACUUGCGGUACAGGACCGAACUGGAAAUGCGGUCGCACGCCAUGAACCUGGCCGUCGUUAAACGGUACCUGUUCGACCGGUGCAUCGGAAUGGUGUCCGUGGGACACCAGAUCGCGGACGACGAGUACAGGCCCCAAAACCACGUCAGGUAUUUGCGCCGCUGUAAUUCUAUUAUACCCGCGGGCAUGUUAUUAGCAUACACACCAUACACAUCGCUAGACGCCCAUUGGAAGCUGAUCAUUUACAGCAGCUGCUCUCAUUGGCUGUAUUCCGUUUGUGAUCACGUU